GAGAUGCUUCACAGCCGACAAAAAUGUCAGAUAUUUGCUGUGGAGUCGUAAAGGGAUGUGCUGCUUAUUUGUUUAUUUACGUUAGUGUCCAGCCACUGCAAUUCCCAUCAUUCACUGACAGCCAAACUUGUAGUUUAACAACAAAUGCAAAGACUCCGUAGAGCACCUGUUUUGUUUAUAUAUUGUGUAUUUAUAUGGUAUUGUAGAGGAGCAGGCACCAGUCUUCCAGACAGACUUGUAAAACAAUUAGAGGUUUAUAAGAACAAGUUGAAAUCUUCGCAGAAAGAUAAAGUUCGUCAGUUUAUGAUUUUCACACAAUCAAGCGAAAAGACUGCCGUGAGUUGCCUGUCCCAGAAUGAAUGGAAGCUAGAUGUUGCCACGGACAACUUUUUUCAAAACCCAGAACUCUAUAUACGGGAAAGUGUAAAGGGGUUAUUGGACAGAAAAAAACUAGAGCAGCUUUAUAACCGAUACAAAGAUCCUUUGGAUGAAAAUAAAAUCGGGAUAGAUGGCAUCCAACAGUUUUGUGACGAUUUAGCCCUUGAUCCAGCCAGCGCCAGUGUUCUAAUUAUUGCAUGGAAAUUCAGAGCAGCAACACAGUGCGAGUUUUCAAAGCAAGAGUUUAUGGAUGGAAUGACAGAAUUAGGAUGUGACAGCAUAGAAAAGUUAAAAGCACAAAUACCAAAAAUGGAGCAAGAGUUAAAAGAGCCAGGGCGAUUUAAGGAUUUUUAUCAGUUUACAUUCAACUUCGCAAAGAAUCCAGGGCAGAAAGGUCUAGAUUUAGAAAUGGCCAUUGCCUACUGGAAUUUAGUACUAAGUGGAAGAUUUAAAUUCCUAGAUUUGUGGAACAAGUUUUUAUUGGAACACCAUAAACGAUCAAUACCUAAGGACACAUGGAACCUUCUUCUAGAUUUCAGUACGAUGAUAGCUGAUGAUAUGUCAAACUAUGAUGAAGAAGGAGCAUGGCCAGUUCUCAUCGAUGACUUUGUGGAAUUUGCACGUCCUCAAAUUGCAGGGACAAAAAGUACAACAGUGUAGCACUAAGGAACCUUAUAGAAUGUACAUAGUCUGUACAAAAUGACGCAACACAAAUUUGUACAGUCAGUUUCUUCUGACUGGAUUGAACUGAACAUCAGCCUUCAUAGCAAUUCCAGAGGGUUGAAGGACAUUAUGGAGACAUCAUAAGACCAUAUCCUACUUGUUCUUUUGGUGGUUUGGGCCUCUCUGCUAGCCUGGAGCGCAAUUCUCACUUCAUGUUUCCAAACUGUGGAUUUCAUCGCAUAUGUAUGGAACCUGUUUACUCCCCCAUACAUUUUAGACUAACCCCUUGGCCUUUUUUCAUAUAAAGCACAAUGUUGCCUUCAUCUGCUGACAUCAUCACAGCCAUGGUGAAGCUACUUCCAACCUGGUUUCGUCUUUUUAAUUUUCUUGGACAACACAGAUCGCGCCUCAUAAAUAAUGAUUCGUCUAUCAUUUUAGGAGGGGAAGAUAUUGGUUGGUUGCCAUUCUGGAUAUCACUUUAGAACUGAGUUGGUAAACCAUGGUUUGUAGUUAUCUAAAGUAUAUGGAGGAAUGGGGAAAGUCUUCAGAAUAUUUCCCCCCCCCCCCGUUUUCAGUAACUUGGUGUCAAAAUGGAAGCAUCAUGCUAUGUACGAGAUACCCUACGAGCCUUAUAAAGCCCUGCAGCAUAUAUAAAGAAAAAGGUAUAUACAUAUAGUUGCAGUAGGGAAACUGCAUUCUAAAGCAUUGCACUGAUUGGUUUUAUUCUGUUAGAUAUCCCUUUAUGUGUCAGAAUGAAUAGCAUUUGCUUUCUAGCCAGGCUUAUUGGGAAUGCUCUCACACAAGAAUGAUGCAUUUGGUUGCCAUGAGUAAAAUAACAUUUCUUACUUUA